CACACACACACACACACACCCAUAUACAGACACACAUAGAGACCGAGUACUUCUCUCUGCCCGCUCGCACCCGCUACCGGGAGCCGGCCUCUCCCUCGGCAAGUGUGUCCGGCGUGGCUGCCAGCGAAGCGAGGAGCAGGAGCGAAGCGCCCGCAGCGCGACCGAGCGGCACGCAGAGGAGCAGCGGCCGGGACUCCCUGGGCAGCACCCCGCGCUCCCAGCGGCCGCGCCCGCCCCCGCCGGGGCUGAAGGGCGCAGAGCCGCCGCCCCGCUCGCUCUCGGCCCCCUGCCACCCUUAUGAGAGGAGAAGCCCGGAGAAGGCGCAGGACGCUCGGCAGCUGGACUCCUCCGCAAGCCUCGAGCGCCCCCUCCCCCUGCUCCCCUCCGGCGCCCGGGAAGCGAAAUGCAACCGCCGCGCUUGGGCUGAAAGGGGAAGGGGCCGGCGCCUCCCACCCGCUCGGAAUCCGGUCCCCGCGGCGGCUGCGCGUCCCGGCCGCGGCCCCCCGGGCUUGGGAGUGAGCAGGGGCCCGAGCCGGAGGAGGAGGCAGCCGGCCCAGGGUUGGCCGGGGCGGGGGAGGAGGGACGGGGCCGGAGGAGGGCGCGGGGGGCGGGGAGGGGGCCGCGGCGGAUGAAGAUGGCAAUGUCUCUCGUCCAAGCCUGCCGCAGUCUGGCUCUGUCAACAUGGCUGCUUUCCUUUUGUUUCGUGCAUCUGCUCUGCCUGGACUUCACCGUGGCCGAGAAGGAGGAAUGGUACACCGCCUUCGUGAACAUCACCUACGCCGAGCCCCCGCAGGACCCCGGGGCGGCGGGCGGCGGCGCCGAGCUGCACACCGAGAAGACCGAGUGCGGGCGCUACGGGGAGCACUCGCCCAAGCAGGACGCCCGCGGGGAGGUGGUCAUGGCCAGCUCGGCCCACGACCGCCUGGCCUGCGACCCCAACACCAAGUUCGCCGUCCCGGCCCACGGCAAGAACUGGAUAGCCCUCAUCCCCAAGGGCAAUUGCACGGACAGGGAUAAGAUCCGGAACGCGUUCCUGCAGAACGCCUCCGCCGUGGUCAUCUUCAACGUGGGCUCCCACACCAACGAGACCAUCACCAUGUCCCACGCAGGCGUAGAAGACAUCGUGGCGAUAAUGAUUCCUGAGCCCAAAGGGAAGGAGAUCGUCAGUCUGCUGGAAAGAAACAUCACCGUGAUGAUGUACAUCACCAUCGGUACCCGGAACUUGCAGAAAUACGUGAGCCGCACGUCAGUUGUGUUUGUCUCCAUCUCCUUCAUCGUCCUGAUGAUCAUUUCCCUCGCAUGGCUGGUCUUUUAUUAUAUCCAGAGGUUUCGAUAUGCAAAUGCCAGGGACAGGAACCAGCAUUUGCUGUUUCAGCGCCGACUGGGGGAUGCAGCGAAGAAAGCAAUCAGCAAGCUCCAGGUCAGGACCAUCAAGAAGGGCGACAAGGAAACAGAGCCCGACUUUGACAACUGUGCAGUCUGUAUUGAAGGGUACAAGCCCAGUGACGUGGUCCGGAUCUUGCCCUGCCGGCAUCUUUUCCACAAGUCCUGUGUUGACCCCUGGCUCCUAGACCAUCGCACCUGCCCCAUGUGCAAGAUGAACAUUCUUAAAGCCCUAGGGAUCCCGCCCAAUGCCGACUGCAUGGACGACUUGCCCACCGACUACGAGGGAUCUCUGGGAGGCCCACCAACCAACCAGAUCACAGGUGCAAGCGACACGACUGUAAAUGAAAGUUCAGUCACUUUGGACCCUGCUGUUCGGACUGUGGGAGCCUUGCAGGUGGUCCAGGAUACAGACCCCACCCCGCAGGAGGGAGAAGUUAUCUUUUCUACUAACAGUGAGCAGGAGCCAGCUGUCAGCAGUGACUCUGACAUCUCGCUGAUUAUGGCGAUGGAGGUUGGACUAUCUGAUGUAGAACUUUCCACCGACCAGGACUGCGAAGAGGUGAAGUCGUGAAAUGGCGAACACAGAAGAAAGGGAUGGUAGGACCCACGGGGAACGGGGGGAGGCGUGCCCGAGACUUGGACCAGGCACACACACCUCAGAACACCUCGGCACCGGCAGGGCGCUCUGCUCAAGAACGGUCACGAAAAGCAAUAUCCAAAGCCCAGCUGAUCAGGAUGCAGUUUCUCCGUCUCUACAACAGCCCGCGGCCUUGGCAGCUUGGAAGUGGAAAGCUGGUGUUCCCUCCCGGGCCCUUGCAGACACUGAGGCCCCUAACAGACUGAAAGGACAUUUUGGGGGCGUCUCGGUGUUCAUUUCGGUUUCUCCCAGUGUUGUUUCCUUGUUUUGGAAUUGUUGUUUGAUUUCCUUGGCAGUUUCUUUUUAAAGACUGUGUAUAGUUCCCUGUAGGUCCACUCCUUUGUUUUUCCUUCGAUCCACUCCAGCUUUUACAUGGAGCUGUGUUUCGAAGCACCCAUCCUUGCUGUGAUCAGUCCGUGUCAGUCUCUGAGACUAAGGACUUUGACCUCUCAGCAUGAGUGUGCACGGCUUUGGGAAGGGCCUGGGCACCUGAAACAGGCGAAGGCCAGCUCUCAUUAGGAAUCUAAAUUCUUUUCAAUGGAUCUUAACACUCCCAGCUGCCAGAGACCCCAACACAGAGCUCUGAAUGUGCUGAGGCCGCUGCUCAUUCUGCUCAGCAACAUCAUCACACUGGCUCCCGCCUGCCAGGCUCUGCCAAGGGCCAUGUGACACGAGAAGGAAGCUGUAGGGAGGCAGUUUAAUGUGUCUGGAUCUUACAGUGUGUGGCUGAAAUUCUGAGCUCAGAAGUCCCCUCCCGGCGUUAAGGCCACUCUCAUUGGCUGUAGGACUCGUAGCUGGAACUACGGGGCUAGUUUAAAAACCAGCUACCACCCAUUCUUCCUGAAAGCGAACUGCCUGUUGUGCUGGCUCCCCGGAGGCUAGGACAGGCUUUGUUACCCCACUGGCUUUUGCAGGAGAUGGAGGCUUUAGGAACGUCAGCUUCGAACCUGGUGUCCACCACCAUGGGGGUCUCACCUUCAUUCCAACACAUCUGUUACACCUCCCCAGCUCGAGGGAUGUAGGUGAAUCCUUUACAGAUUGUUUCACAGGUCUCCCUGAGGGUGUCCAGACACCAAGUGAGGAGGGAGGUAGGAGUUGAUGAACCACCUGGUCUAAAAAGUCCAGCACGGGAGUUGGCUAAGUCCAAGUUUCUCCUGACUGAGAGAGACAGGGAAAGAAAAAGAGGCAUCUGCAUUUUGAAAUGGUUAUGUUUGUAUCUUUCUUUGUAACUAUGACAGAAAUGUGCUAUUUUUUCCUGUGGGCAAUUUUGUAAUCCAUGUAGACUGUCGCCACACAGAUGACUAAGGUGGUGAGCAGUCUCCCUGGACAGCCACGGUCACCUUGUCCUCUGCAGGAGGCUGACCGGGACAGGAAGCUGCCCCCCCUGAGUUCUCUGUGCAUCGAGGAGGCUUUUCCCUCUCCUCGCACUAGCACUCGUCCAAAAACAGAGUUUGGUCUGCAUGCGGCCUUGCUGCCUGCUGAAGCAUAGAGUGUAGGUCAAGGGACACUGCUGGGCGCUCUUUGCCACCACCUUUGACCUUUCCUACUUGAUGCUUCCUACUUAGGUAGCAAGGCCAAGGGAAAUGAUUGCCACCUUCAGAGAUAACCCAUCUGUCUGGGAGUCCAGCCCCUCCUGUACUGAAAUCCAGGGAGAAAUGAGGGCGGCGCUGAGGCAGGAGGCGGGAGGCCCAGGUGAGCCGCGUGCUCGCUGGGCCUCAGCCUCGUCCUCUGCAAAGUGGAGGAACUGAACAAGGUGGGCCCAAGGCCCCUGUGGCCUUAGGACCGCCAGUGAGCAGUUGGCCAGGGGACCUAUUUGUUGCAGGUAGCGAUGGCGGGUAGCCCACUUUCCGCCUUGGAGAGGCAGAGGCGCUGGGCGUGUAACAUAGAGGAACAGCUUUGGGGAUUUGCACGCCUGGGUUGCGAGGAAUGAACAUCUCAGUGAUUGAAGUUUCCGGCCAAAGGAGGAGUUGUUUGGUUUCACCUUGUUCUCAAUCUGCUGUUAGUCACAGAGUUUGCCUUCUCUGGACCCCUCAAAGCCUGGUUCUCAGUGUGCAAUUCUUCAUCUCCAGGUGUUUCCUUUCUCAGUCAGAAAGGGCCUGCAAUACCUACUCCUCCUUCUGUCAGCUUGGCCCCAAACAAACUUCAGUGAUAACUUUAGUCAAGUGGACUUAGAAGGGUAAUUGAACAGAAGAGAAGAAUGCAUUGUAUUGCUUACCCAGAGAGAAAAUGCCUGUGGAGUGCAUGGUCCUCUGACCAUGGCUCUCUCUUCCUGCCAUGACCAGGUGCAGAGGAAUCGGUUGCAUGUGGCUGCAGCAACCCCUAGAGGGCGCUGUGUAGAUGCUGAGGGCCAGGAGGCUCCCUGGAGGCCUGUGGGCCUGACCCCAUGGAGGCUCUGCCGCAAACCCCCUGAGUCUGCGAGGUUCUCCAGUUACCAAAGGUCUGUCUCUGGAGAUUCUUCCUGUAGCUUUUUAAACAAUUUUUUUAACCAGCAUAGAAGGAUGCAGAAGAAAUGGAAACAGCCCUUCCCCCACAGUGUUCCUCACCACCUCCCACCAAAGACCUGGGGAUUCCAUGGUUCAUGGAGGGUGUCAAAAGGUUGGAGAACCCUCUGCAAGUAUAUGCAAAUUGCGUAUUUGCUGAUUUGCAUUUUUCUGUCGUACGUGUCUAGACCAGCACCAUCCAAUAGAAAUGUAAUGCCAGUCACACGAAUGAUUUUAAGUUUUCUACUGGCCACGUUAGAAAAAGUAAACACGUAAUAAUAAUUUAAUAAUAUAUUUUUUUGAAUCCGAUAUUAUUGUCUCGACAUGCAAUUCAUGUAAAAAGAAUUCAUGAAACACCUUACCUUCUUGUCCAUACUUAGUCCUCUAAAGCCGUUGCAUAGUUUACACUUGUGGCGCAUCUCAAUUUGGAUGAGCUACCGAUGGGACAGCACAGGUCUCCGGCUUCCACAAUAAUCUCACAAGGUUCCCGACCCUUACAAAGGAAAAAGGUGAAAACCUAAUUACCUCCUCAGAGAACUAGACUCCACCCAAGUUGCCUGAUCAGAGGCCCCGAGAUCCGUUUGUUUUGUAAUGGAUAGAUGUUCAGGCCGCCCUUUCUGAAAUAUCUGCUUCGACUGUCUCACCACACCACUGAUGUCCAUUACCAUUUGCUGUGAUUUCUCUGACCAGUUGUUUUGUAGGAAGUCACACAAGCCAUGUUGAUUUGGUGCUGAAACUAAAGGAUAUCCCUCACUCACUUCCACGGCAAGCCCUUAGACUUGAACCAAAGAGAAUCCCAGACUGGAGUCAUCCAACUUGACCUCAACCCCUAGCUGUUCUUCUUCCUCUAGGAGUUGCUACCUCCUGUUGGCUGGUCCCUUUGGGAGGAACUUAGCCCGGAUCCUGAAGACAGCACCUGCAUGUUGAUGGAGUCUCCAGGGCUUGUCACCCCUGCAAUGUCAACUGCAUCAUCUAGGCAGGGCGAGGGGAGAGUUUGAGAUGGUAGAAAGUUACUAAUGGCAAAGGCACCUACCUAUUCUGACAUCACAUAGUGAGCAUCAUACCCACGGAGGCAAGUCUCCAUCCAAAGAGGUUUGUUUAUUUUGUCUUGUUUUCAGCAUUUCCCUCAUUCUGGUGGAAAUGUCUCUGGAAGUUCUUGGCUCUGGGUUUGCUUGUAUGGAAAUCCAUGGUGCCCGUGGCUAUUUCCAUUAGUGCUCUGACCUCCCUGCAGCCGCUAUGCUUUCAGGACCGAAAAUGCUGACAGGAAGCCUAGCAUAGGAUUCUUCCUCAUUUAUUUAGUUUUCUUUAGGUGAAAGUUCUCACCGAGCAUGCAGAAUAAAUGGCAUUUAGUUAACUAUUGAGUGCUUCACCUUGACUGCACACAAAGAAACCCCAUGAAAUCAAAGUCUUUCAGAAAAUCUGAGAUGUAGAGUCACAUCCUCUGUGGAGCGAGGACCCAGCUUUCUGGUCUCAGGGUCCCAGAGGCAAUGUCCGGUAGCAUGUGUUAUGUGCGCUGACUUGGGUUUCUUUCCCUUUUCUGUCUCUGUGUCCAUCUUUCUCUGACUGCCUGUCUGUCUGUGUAUGCACACCUACACACAUCCUUCUCUCCUCUUUCAGAAAAAACCUUGGUGGCUCCAGACCUACAGAGUCACCAAUGUGAUUACCAUCAUUAGUGUUGGUGUUUUCUUCUUAUUCAUGACAACAUCUAUAGCUGCACUUCAGACAAUACCCAGUUUACUCUAAAGGCAAAUUAACUUCCUCCUUAAAGGAGCUAGCCCCAUUUUCACUUUCAUGUCUAAUUUUAUCACAGACCAUCUAUAGCUAUUGCCUUUUUCUCUCAGGCUUCCUUGCUAGAAAAGUCUCCCAGGCAAGUAAUGGCAAGGAAACAACUCCAGAAUGCUGUCUAGGUUUAGUAUCUCCCACCUCCCGCAUCUGUGACCUUCCUGGCUCACCCCAGACCCCAGGAGCUAGGGUUUCUUAGAAAACUGUGUGGGCCAUACCGUAUCCGAUGGUCACUCUGCUUCCUAACAUUGUAGCACAAGAGCUUGCUCUUUGUAAGUGAUCUGAGAGGCCACCUCUUCCUUAAGACUGAAAAAGAGACCCAAAGAAACCAGCUUCCUGGUGGAUACCACCCGCAGGGGGUGGGAGCAGAGGGUGGCAGGAUAUGAAUAGGGGUGUUCUUCCCAAUAAAUGGCUCAUCUCCUGGGUUUAGAGCCAACCUGGCUCAUGUGUAUGUGUGUGCACAUAUGUGUGUGCAUGUGUGUGCACGUGUGUGAAGGAGUUAAACACUCAUGAUUGCAGAGGUUUGGAUUACCUAAAAACUAAAUUAAUUCUGAGAAGUAGGUAUGAGUUUCUCAUCACUUACCGCUUCCCUUUUCCCAUUUUGCUCCCCAACUCACAACCCCAGGCCCUUUGUAAUAGGAAUGAUCAUUUGUAAAGACCCUUAGAUCAGUAGCCACACUUUUCCAUGUUGAGUCUUCUGACAGCACUGAAGUGUCCCCCCAAAACUAAAGAAGUGAUUCCAUGCCCCAGAUGUGCACCUUUCACUGUCCAUCCCCUGAACUGCACACCAGCUUGUUCUGCAAAGUACCUGCUGAUGUUGUUCCCGUCUCUGCGUUCCUCCCUCUGAGCUAUGCCUGCUGCAGGGCUUCAUCCGUGGCUUUCCCCAGGAGUCUCAGCGAUCAAAGACCUUCUCAUCCUGGUCACUAUUGACGUUUGCACGUACUACAGAGUCCUUCGCUCUGUGGCCACCGGAUCAAUGUUUGUUGAUGAUAUGAUAAGGCAAGUAAUUGCAUUUCUCAAAAGGCUGCAAGUCUAAACAGAGUGCAGGAGAAAGAUCUGCGGAGAAGGUAGCUCAGCCUGAGUUAUCCAUAGUCGCUGCCUGGUCUUGUCACCCUGAAGGAAGCGGAGGGCUUAGAGAAGCAGGGACAAUGUGGGGACCGUGUGUGCUCUAUAAACCAAAGACGGCUCACCAUCCAAAUGGACACAUGCUUCUUCCAUUGGUCCGUCGCAUUGUCUCCCAAUGUUCUCAUGAAGAAAAGGGAAGGUGUGUCGCCUCAUCAAAGGAAACCGUGAAAUCUUCAUGGGGUUUCUUUUGCACGCUGGCAAUUGACCUUGACCUUUCUAAUUCCAGAAACAUAAAAACAAUGUCUUGUGGCCUUAGUACCACAACAUCUUUAAAGUCUAGUGGACAGUCCCCUCUUCCCUCAGAAAUUUUAGAGAAACCGAGUGCUUUAUUCAACUCAGAAUAUUGUUCUCUUGAAGAAUGUGACGAUUUUACACAGCCAAAGAAUUUCCAUGUACAAGAGCUAGUUAAUUAGUAUCCCACUCUUUUGAAGAAAAUACCAAACGAUUGCUGUCAAAGAAGGAUGAUUAACAGGAACUCUGCUGUCUGCGUUUGUGUUGGUAUCUACGGCACUUACUGUUCAGUGGGAUGUUAUUGUGAGGGGGCAGAGCGCCCUCUGCUGCAAAAUCACCAUUCUUUCAGCCGAUUGAUUUGACGAGAGUCAUCAUUUCAUCAACACCUAGUUGUUUGCCUUUUAUUAUCCAGUUCCCUCGGUAGUUGAGAAUUUGGUUUAUCAAAAGAGAAAGGACUGUCACAAACCCUGAAAGGUUGAAAGCGAACCCCACUGAAGACCUCACUGCCAGUAGCCCUUCCUUCUGCAAUAUGUUGACAAGUACUGGGCUCUGUUUGUAACAAGAGGCCUCUGGCUGGAAUGUUGGUGCAGAGUUAUAAGGCAAGGGCCUGAUGGUUUUGUAACUUACCUUGAUUCUUGUCCAAUUGCAAAAGAAGCUCAAUAAACAGACUUCUUUCAUAUGAAUGUAGAUGGUAUGAAAUAUGUGUUUUUGUAUGUGUACAUAAUAAUAUAUUGACUUCCUGCUUUCACAUUAGUAAUCUGAAAUGGUUGUACCAUUUUAUAAUUAGAAAGAAAUGUAGGGGUGGGGGAAGGUGGAAGGGCUAUUUUUAUAGUGGGAUGUUCCUUAUAUUUAGAAAACUUGAAGUAAUUUUGUAUUUGUGAAAAGUUACAUUCCAUUCAAUUCCUGAAGAGAAAAAAAAAUAAUAAUGGGUCUUGUUCUUUAAAGUAUUCAUGAGCUGGGAGAAUGAUGAUCCUAGUUUCCAGGGGAGCCUUCCAAGAAACUUGUAUGACACCCAAUUCUGUAGACUGCAGACCAUGACCUGCAAUUGCCAGUUCAAUGUGAAAAGGGGAAAAAAAUUUAUUUUAACCCCUCUGUAUAUUGCACAUUAUUCCCACCAAAAAAGACAUCUGCUACAAAGAAUGCACUUACCAUUAUGAAACAGUCCAACAUGGCAUCAUAAAUCCACCUCUAGUAGUUCCCUGCUAGCAAGAAAGAAAGAAUCCAAUGGCUUUAUCUUUUUCUUUCUAAACAUGAAUUGUGUUUUUAUUGUAAAAUGAAUGACGUCACAGAUAGAAUUUGACUUCACUUCCCCAGGAGGUCUCUCUGGCCCGUCUGCAGAUCAUGCCCAUGGUGGUCCCGGCCGACAGUCCCCACCGUCUCCCUAUUCAGAUCCUGAGACCGAGCUCCCCGGAUGAUCUGCCACGUGACUCAAACCCACAGUGAUUCCUGAUGGUGUUUUCAUGGGUCACUUUUAAUUUGGACUUUGGUUUUCUCUUCAAAGCUGAAAAUUUGAGUAAUGGAUUGUGUAUCUAUUUUACCCAAACAUCAUCUUCUGUACAAAGUCACGGGCAUAUUUAAAUGAUUAGUUAAGGCAGUGUAGUUGUUGUUUAUUUCCUGUAUAAAUCUCAUUUCUUCUUCCCCACCUCGGGCCCCUACCUUAUUCCUUCCAAAGCACUUUAUAUCUCGAAAUACAAAGAAGUUUUAAAAAACGGUCUUUAAAGGGAUUUGUCUUCUGUUAGGAGACAUGAACUUUUCUUUCCCUUGAUUCUAUUCUCUGUGUGCUUGGAGAGCAUAAACCUUUUGUCCCCUACUGGGAGUGGUAAAAUGUUAAGGAUGAGAGUCCGGAAACAUUCAAGCGUACAACACAGCUAUUUUUGUUAUAUAGAAGACUAUCGUGUAAAUAAGUGCCAUCGUGUUCUUAUGUACUGGUUUUUUUAAAAAGUGCAACUCUAAUGAUUGGAAAAGGAUUGUGAAUUCCAGGAAAUUUCAUUGCAAAAUUUUGUUUGGUUUUGUUUUUUAAUAAAAUGGAACUAGA